AGACAGAAAGAAAAGGAGCACUACGACAGGCUGAAGCUCAAUCUGGACAACCUGUCAGGAAACAAAAGAGCCAUUUCCGGUCUGCGUGUCCUGUAUCGUGAUCCACCACGUGGUUACCGUCAUCUCCCAAGAUCCUCCUCCUCUCCCUCCUCCCCCACCCACCACCACCGCCCCCUCUCACACACAAGUCACCACCUCGCCCACCAGAGAGGGGGCCCGGGGAUAUUCGGAACAAAAAUAGAGACACCCGCACCACCACGGACCAAAUACUGGAGCGAGGGUCACAGUAAUAAGAUACACUCGGUCAAUCUGGACCCGGUUCGAUCGAAAUCACUCAGCUGGCAACAAAACGGGUGUGGCACCGCCUCGACUGCAAACAGUCCGAGUCACAGACCGGAGCGGGGUACUCCGACCCACAGCACGCCCGUAUUUCGGAGGAGAUCCUUGAGCGAGACGCUCUCGUACGACGUUGCCUCCACGCCGGCCUCACGAGAGAAAGAAACGAGAAAGAAAUCGAGGAAAUCGAGCCGCUCCACAGACAACCUGUCGCAGAUGUCGACAUUUUUCCAGCACAUCCCGGCACGAAGGAGCUUUUCGGCGCGAGGCAGGAUGACGAUGGCGCAGCAGAACGAAUCGUCGCACCGCUUGAGGGACAGAGCGUAUACGGAGGUCGUGAUUGGCGGGAGGAAACGAUCAUUUAGUAGACACCCACCCCAUCCAGACAUUAAGAGGUGUGGGAGCGUAUCGGGGAGAGUACCGGGCGGGGAAGUUGACCACGAUCGCAGCUCAGGCAGCAUAAAUUUCACCCUCUCUCCCGUGAUCCUAAAGUACGAGGGAGAGGAAUUAGAGUAUCGCUCGGAGGAACACGAUUUCUCGAUCCGUAUCCCAAAGGGUGCACUCAAGAAACGAGGCUCGGUGGAGAUACAGGUCGGUCUCGCGAUACACGGUCCGUUUACAUUUGGCGAAAACUCGACCAACGUCUCUCCGAUCCUUUGGUUGUGCUCCAUUCCAGACACAAGGUUUAAGAAGCCGAUCACAAUAACCCUCCCGCACUGUAUAGCCGACGCUUGUCCGGGAUCUCUGAAACGACGGAAGUCGAAGACUCGCUCUCCCUCCAUUUCACGUGUGCGUCGCUCAAAUCCGGGUCGUCUGCGGCACCCGCAAACAAGUCGUGCGGAAAGAGACAGUUUGAGUUUAACGCCGCGGAGGGCGAGGAAGUGAUCUCUUCGUCUCAAGAAAGUGGUCUGAGUGGAUCCAUCUCGACCAAGCAGCUGAGCCCGCUGUGUAUCGCGGCCAGUAUUGGCAGGAGUAGGGACUUGUCGCGAGAGAUGGCCCUGCACGCUGUCUAUUGCAUCGUGCCCGUGCUACCAGCGGUCAUCUGUGGUAGGGAGUGGACCCUUCAUUUCUGCAUCACUUUCAACCUCCACACGUGUGUCCAGGUAAUGGUAUACCCCCUUACUACUCUAUGUGUUUAAUAUGUGCAUCUUUGUGACAUUUAGAACUAUGUCAUAAAGAAACUGAAUUGCUCCAAAAAUUUAGGAAGCGUAGAUUUACCAUUGGCCAGUCAUGUC